CAAACAUCAAACAAAACAAGCUGUCAGUGUCAUUCCUUGAAACAAAGCGAGCGCGUCAUCGUGCGUAUUGAUUGAAACAUUUUCAGCAUUUAUCUCUCGAUUAGUGUUAUUUUUAUAUUACAAACGUACUACCUCGUAUAUAGUUGUUAAAUAAUGGAUAUUUAAAGUAAGACAAAUUCAACUAACGACAUGGUUGUUUCACCACAAACCCCCGACAACGAAACCCAAACCGUACAAGCAAAAAGAAACAACAUGGCGUCUAAACAGUCGUCAGUGGCUGACACAAGAGCGGAAUUGGCGGAAUUAGUCAAAAGAAAGGCCGAAGUGGCUGAGACUCUGGCUAACUUGGAACGCCAAAUAUAUGCCUUUGAAGGCUCAUAUUUAGAAGAUACUCAGCUUUAUGGAAAUAUUAUAAGAGGGUGGGACAGAUACCUGACCACUAACAAAAGCACAAAUUCCAAGGCAGAUAAACGUAACAGAAAGUUCAAAGAGGCUGAGCGUUUAUUUUCCAAAUCCAGUAUUACAUCAAUGGCUGCUGUUAGUGGUCUUGUGGAUCCUGCUGAAGCUAAAAAUGAAAGAAACAGUGAGACUGAAUCUCAAACAAAUGAAGACUCAUCAGAUACACAAAUCAGCUCUGGACUCAAUGUGAGCAGUCUGAACCAUACCACCAUACAUGGUUCUACUGAGAGUAUAGCAUCCAAGCCUUCUGGAAAACAGCAUACAAAUGGUGGUAUUGAAAAAGUUAUAAACCAUUCCCAAACAAAACAAAGUUUGACUCAAAAGAUAGCUACCUCUUCAGGUAUGCUUCAAAAAGCUUUUGGCAGUGACAGCAAAAUGUUGUCAGUUGUAGGCCUAGACAGCAGACCUAGCACUCCCAAGGACAAGGACUCAAGUAUGAGUUUGAUGAACAAAGGAGAUAUGACACCAAACUCUCUAAAACACAAAAUGUCUACCAGUAGUACAAGUAAUAGUAAUAGUAUGAAGAAAAAUAACAAUAAGAAAGCAAGACAUCGGUAAUAAAUACACAUUAGCGACUUAAGCCUGUUUUUAUGUGCCUACAAUGCCCGUACUUAUCAGUUAGACCCAAUUUUAUCAAAAAUAGUUUUUAUUUCUUUGGUCAAUUUGUAAAUACAUAAUGUGUUACUUGUUACAAUGAGACUUUUAUUUUAUUUAACAGCCUUCAAUUUGUUCGUCCUAAUGAUCGUAGUAUGGUCUGCUUGAAUCUUGAUUCUGAAAUGAUGGAAUAAAUAUUACUACACUGCCUUUUUAACAUCAAUAAAUAGGUUUUAAGUAGAAUAGGAUCUGCUUAAAUACUUACGCUUCAACACAUUUGGCAAGUCUCUCAUUGGACUGCAGAAUCUAAGAACUAAAUAAUAAAAUAUUGGUAGCACUGAAAUAAUGCCAGUGCAAACCAAAAAUAUGACUUCAGGAGUUCUUCUUAUUUUACAACAAUUCAAACUUUUACUCCACACAGACCGGGUAGCAUUCAUCUGAAAAUGAAAUUGCGAAUCAUUGAGAUCGAAGAAAUUAAAACCAUACUCGAGAGUUAUGAUUUGUUGGUACCUAAAAUUAUUUUUUUCCUCUAUCUUCUUUUUAAGGGAAAAUAUAAAUAGAAUUUCAUGUUUUUGAUUUUAUAACUUACUGAGUCAACUAUAUCCAUACAAAUGCUGUCUGUUCCAAUUGAAUCUGCACUGAGUGUUUUAUAAAAACUGUCCAACUUAAGGUAGGACUGCAUGCAGUUAUCACAGACAAUCUGAGUGUCAUUUGAAGAAGGAUUUAUGUACUUUACUAUACAGUUUAUGGUUUCAUUAAACAACUGAUUGAA